CGAACUACGGUACUUGCAAACGUAACUCGAGAAUGCGUGUAUUAUUUUCCUGUAAAAUCUGCAACGUUGCCCCGAAUUUUGCUCCAGGUACGUUAAGUUCAUUGCCGACAGCUAGCUCGAGAAUAAGGUCUUUUCGAGAUUGAGUUUUGCACAACUUUGAGAGCAUCUGAUCUCUUCCUGUGUAUGUGUGUUGUGUAGCUGCAGCUCAGCUGCAUUCAUUUCUUCACUCUUCCAAGUUCCAGGCAUUUCCAGCUCUCGACUCGCGAUUCUUCCAACUCCAAGUCCAAGUUCCAUCACUCGUACUCGACCUCGGUCAUGUUUGUUAUGGUAGGUCGUGAGUCGGUCCACACUCACCAGUGAUCGCAUUCACAGAGCACUACUAUACCAUGACAGGGCAGGUCAUAUUCACCCCUGGUUCAGGAGCCAAUGCAGCAGUACCCUUAGACCCCGCAUCAAUGAAGGUCCCAUCUUCCAGCGGAGGGGGAGGAGGCGGAGGAGGAGUGUCGCCCGCGACAACGGAAAAGAAAGAGCAGUAUACCACCAGGAGAGUGGCAAGGUUUUACUUUGGUGGUUUUGCCGGCGCUGGAGCAGCAUGUGUUACUCAUCCAUUGGAUCUUGUCAAAGUCCAUUUACAGACGCAGCAGGCUGUACAGAUGAAUGCUUCUGGGAUGGCGGUACAUAUAGUCAAGAAUGAGGGAGUUUUAGCACUCUACAAUGGGCUCAGUGCUUCAUUAUGCCGACAGCUCAGUUACUCCAUGGCUAGGUUUGGUAUAUAUGAGGCCAUGAAGCAGAGGUUAACAGCAGACGACCCCAGCAGACCUCUCCCGUUUUAUCAGAAGAUGCUUCUGGCUGGUUUCGCAGGAGCUGUUGGGGGCUUUGUGGGUACACCAGCAGAUAUGAUCAACGUCAGGAUGCAGAAUGAUAUCAAACUACAACCAGCAGAAAGGAGAAAUUAUAAACAUGCCCUUGAUGGGCUAUGGCAGGUCUACAAAAAAGAGGGUGUAGUAAGCUUAUGGAAUGGUUGGUCUAUGGCUGUUGCAAGAGGCUUCCUUAUGACAUUUGGACAGGUGGCUCUCUACGAUCAGUACAAACAGUUCUUACUGCAAUCAGGUUACUUCAAUGAUAACAUAAUGACCCACUUCACUGCAAGUACCAUGGCUGGUACUUGUGCCACAGUAUUAACACAGCCAGCUGAUGUCAUGAAGACAAGACUAAUGAAUGCCAAACCAGGCGAGUACAAGAAUGCCUUGGACUGUUUUAUGAGCGUUGCCAAGCUAGGACCCAUGGGCUUCUUCAAGGGAUUCAUUCCUGCCUUCGUGAGACUCGGACCUCACACCAUUCUCACCUUCCUCCUCUUCGAACAAUUCAGGAUACGAUUCGGUCGUGACAUCCAAGUCAUUGUUCCGUCUUGAACAUUGUCCAGGCUUGACCUGUUGGCGGCGGUAUGAACACAUAAUUCAAAUGAGUUAAUCAAGCGUUUUCAGUUGAGUUUGCCAUGGGCUAUCAAAAGUGUCUCCAUGUUUACCGUGUUUGUGAUUCCCGAGUGCCUCGUACUAGCUAUAUCUUUCAUACCAUCCAGUGCAGUAUUCUGUAUGUAUGGAUGCUGGAGGUUGAUAUGUCAGGCAAGCCUUUGAUGUAAUCAUAUAGUCAAUGAAGAAUGCCUUUAUGAGAGAGGUUUCGGGUGAAUUUUAAAUUGGCGAUGAAAUUAAUGAGAAGUUGUAAAGAAUGGCGAUUCCAGUGAUUGAAGCGUGGUACAAUUGUCGGCUGUUUGCAAGAAGGCUGUAUCAAAGAGCUUUAUAAUGUCAAUGGCAGAAACGCUCUUCUUGCUGGUACACAAUAUAUAUAUACAUUAGUGUAUGAAUAAAGGGAUUCAGCUGCCAUCAUAUGUGCUGUGCCUGCAACGCUUGUCAUGUACAAGAUGUUUUCUGAAUUGUUUUUAAGGGUUAAAGAACAAACACUUUUACACACACUCAAUGUGUUUAUGAUAUACACUGGUAUGUACAUAUAUUGUACAAGAACAAGUAUGCAUACUUGAUUUUUAUGUACAUUAGUACUAGAUAAUUUGCUCUGACAAUCCUGGGCUAUGUCCAAUAAAGAGUUGAGAUUAAUCCAGAUCGAUCGCAAACUCCAUCAAUCAAUCGCAAGCUUACAUAUUCCUAUCUCUUUAUAAUUAUAGAGCUGCAACUGAUAUAUGCGAUCGACUUGGAUCAAUCGUAACUCUUUAAAGAAAGGGCCUAGUUCUACAUAAUACAUUACCAAGCUAUGUUAAAAUUCAGGAAUUUUAUGAAAACGAUCAAAUAAUGCUUUAAUGCUGCAUCCUACAUAAAAAUUACCUUUUUUAAUAGUUUUCUAAUCUUCUUUUCAUCAACAUGUACUUUCAUUGGCUGCCAAACAACUUUCCUUGGACUUAAAAUCAAUGAUACAUCAAUAACAACAAAAACAUUGUUAUUGACUUUCUAAUGCCACUUGGUUUUUAAAACAUUCAUCACAAACAUGACGUUAGCACUUCUGUACUCUACAUGAUGGGUACAACUGUGAUUAUGUGUGACUCAGUUUUGUUUGUUUGUAAUCUUCUUUGUUGUAUUGAAGUACAUUGAAUACAUAUCAACAUGCUGCAUGGGUUUACAUGUGUGUGUAUGUAUGUACAUGGUACAUUGUUUACAUUCACAGCUCAUGAAUAUCUUUUAAUGACUGCACUCUCAUCAUUAAGUGCUGCAUGUAUAUUCACCCAGUACAUUUUUUAGCUUCCUUUUUUAUUGUAGACUCAUCCUUUAGCAACUUAUUUUUCUUAUUAACUUCUUGAUUAUUAACCCUGAGAUAAAUUGCACUAUUGGGCUGGAAAUCUGCUGGAAAUAUGUGUCAUAUCAUAUUUGACAGGUUUGAUAAGAGCCAAAAGAAUAUACCAGCUGAUCAUACAAGUUUAAUGCAUGCCCUGUUUAGAUAGCUGUGGUUUAUAAGUUCUUCACAUAAUUUAGGAUUAUUUUUGAUGUAAAUCUACAUGAUGUGCAUUGUCCGUACGAACAGGUGUUCGUAGAUAUAUUCUUUUAUUAUCCGCUCUCCUUUAUAUCGCUAUACGUGAUGUAUGAAAUCUGAUAUAAAAAAUAUUGUGCAAUAAUUUUUGUUAUAAUUUGGUUAAUUUUAAUGAUGAUUUACAGUAUUGAAUGGACAAAUGAAUGAACAUGUUCAUGUACAUGUAGUUAGAUACUGUAGAUAUACACAGCUUAUGAUUUGAACAUACAUAGAAAUUUACAUCUUCAUAUUAAUGUUUUUGUUGCCAUUUUUUUACUUAAUGGUAUUACAUGUUAAUGUAACAUGAUAUUUGGACACGAGAUUGCUUGGAUGGACAAACUAAUUCUGAAAUCUCAUUUUUGUAUUAAGUAUGUGUGAUCUACUUUGAUAUUAUGUAAGGUAUAACCAAGGGCACGUUAAGAAUUUUCUUACAUGUCAGAAUGCUUAGAAUCAACCAAAAACUAAGCAAUUUGUUAAGUUCAUGUUUUUAUGAAAUGUGCAGCAAACGGUUUAAGCUUUCCAAUGUUAUUGUGGUCAGCAAUAGUGAAUCAUCGAGGCUUUGACAUGGUUUUGUGCUAUUCUAAAAUUUCACCAGCAUUUUUUACUUCCAGCUGUUGUAAACCUCCUCAGUAAGGACAAAAAAGGAUACAGACUUAUAUUUUUGUCAGUUGUCAAUUUUAAUGUGCCAACCCUGUCAACACCAAUAGUAGAUGAACGAUAUUGUCUGCUUAGAACGAGAAACGUGUUUUGGGGACAAGCAUUCUGCAUGUUGUGAGCCUUAAAGAUAUACUAGAUUCAUGAAAAUGAAGGGCAAAAUUAAUGCACACAUUGUGUCCAUUUUUAUUGCAUGGCCACAUUGAACUUGAUGCCAGCAAUUUUAUAAAUGAAGUUAAGGCAUUCAAGUUCUUUAAAUUGGCAACACUUGGAGAGGUUCAGAAUCAUUGUGUGUGUUGUUAUUGUUUUUUUAAAUCAAAAUUAACCAUUUAAAAAACUUUGUCAACAAAUUUCUGCCUGUGUAUAUGGUGUUCAGAGACAUUGCACAUUAUUAGAACAAAGAAGCAAUAUUUGAAGAAAAACAUUGUUGCCAAUUUAAAGAACAAUAGGUGAUUCAUUUAGCCCU